AUGAGACUCCUCUCCCUCGCCACCGCUCUCUCCUCCCUUAUCGCCACCGUCUCCGCCUCCAUACCAUCUACAUAUACCCUGGUCGCCGACGGAGGCUGGACCCUCGUUACUGAGGAA